CCAACGGCCCACCAACACGGGAAAUGCCAAAUGAAAGGGCCAAUGCGGUCGCACGUCGUUAGUCACUGGGAGUGCACGGCUCGCAUUGAUGGGCAAGAAUGUCGCCAGCCUUGCAGCACUCAGCCUCGCGAUUUUUAUUUUAACCUCAAGCCCUGCCCCUCUCUUCGCCUUGUCACUGUCUCUACUGAGGCUCUAAGGACUGGUACAUGAUAACUCAUGCGAAUGCAUGUCUUCCGAGGACUGAACCGUCGCGGACGCAAUGCUGGAAUUUAAAAAUUCCAUAGGCGAGAGGCUCGCCAGGCGAUUGAAUCCGGGCUCCAAAAAUCAUACGUUGGUUCAAGUGCAGUCCGAGGAACACAGGGAUACCGAUCCUAGUCGAGAAAAUGACACGCUACCGGCCAGUUACCAUGGCCCCGAUAAAAACGGUGGCAGCCCAUUCCAGCUGUGGACCCCAACUGUCCUCCGCCCGUGGGCCUUGGUCGCAUUUGCGACGCUCUUUGUUGCUAUCCUGAUAGUGGUCCAAGUGCUUUAUAGCGUGUCAACCAAGAACAAUGGUAUCAGUGCGAGUGAUGCAAAGUACCGUUAUCUAUGGACGUACGGUCCAACCGCUGUACUAAUUAUCGUGGCCGGAAUCUGGGGACAAGUGGAGUACCGCACGAAGCAACUCAUGCCAUGGAAACUCAUGGGCCAAACCCCAAGACCGGCAUCGCAAAGUUUGCUACUAGAUUAUGUUUCGGACUGGAACGUAGUCACUUUGUUCAGGGCCUUGAAGCACUGUCAUUGGGUCGUUGCCAUCGCAAUUCUCGGAACCCUGCUCCUGAAGCUGUUGACGGUCGCUUCGACAGGUCUGUUCAUGCUUCAAAAUGUCCACGUCAGCAAUGUCCAUACCGAAUUGACAGCGGAAGCGACGUUUAGCGGCACGGGCUAUAACAGUGCGAAAGUUGGUAGCAAUGCUGCGCUGACCGUUGUCGGCAAUGAAUUUCUCAAUCUCCCCCAUCCCGUCGGAACCACGGACAAGUAUGCGUUUACCCCUUUCCACGGAUCCGAUACUCCAUCAGGUUCGAACACGAUUCUCUCCGGCACCGUGGAUAUGUUCUCCACGGAUCUCAGCUGUAAAGUAGCAACGGUCAAAAACUGGACUCAGGGAUGCGAAACCAAACAUUGUGAACAAACACUGUUCAACUUGACUUUAAGUACCCCGGAAUGCUCACAGUACCAGUUCAACGCGUUCAAAAGAAGCACUUCUGCUGUGGGUGGAUGGCAUGCGAACGUCUUCUCGGAGAGGUGUGCCACCUCCAAUGAUGACACGAACACUGACCGAGUGAUUUUCGCUGCUGCCCACUGGUUGAAUAACAGUGCACAGGUUCAGUCCCUUGUUUGUGAGCCUACGUACACGAUAUCACCAGGUUUGGUCUCAUUGUUUAAAAGCAAUCAAAGUGUCGCAGGGAUCAACUCCACUGACGAGGCGGCCACCUCCAACCAUACAAUUCCAAAUGUAACAGCGGUCGAUGUAGUCUCUGGCUUGCUUUCUACGUUGACAGCUGCAGAUAAUGCUGUGGGCACCCUGAUCCAGUUGAAUGGUGGCUUCGCUGCCAACUUAAGCGACCCGGAUAAUAACUAUCUCGACCCCUUUUACCGGAUUGCUACUGUUUCAUCUGCAGACAAUUUUGAGCCCUUACUGGAUGCGGCGCACUUGGAGGCUAUUUCUCGUCCAGUUUAUAAUGCAAUUACUGCACAGGUAGCAAGAGAAUACCUCAUGAACCCUGCAAAUAAGCCAUUCAAUGGCGUAUAUUCGGCGUCCACAGAGAAGCUUCUUGUGAGAGAAUUGUCAGUUCGGCUCAUGGAAGCCGCGUCGGCGCUUUUGGUUUUGGUGGCAGGGGCGAUGUGGGUGUGGAGACCGGCCAAAUGCACCCCUAGAGACCCUGGCACAAUCUCUGGCAUGGCAACGAUAUUGGCCCGAAGCCCUGACAUAUCUCGUCGACUUUCUGGCAUUAAGAAUAGACCUGAUAUGAAAUCGUCGCUGGUUGGCGGUCUAUUCACUUCGGAGAUUGCCAACAUUGACGGCCAACGAAGCUUUAAUAUCGUCACCCAGCAUGAUGCGAAAGAGGACUUUCGUGCUGCCGAAGCGUCUAGCCAGAUAUCCUGGUGGAAACCUCUCGCAAUGUCGUUGGGUUGGCGAAUCCUUACUUUAGCUGUCCCCCUUCUUGUCAUUGCGGGCCUAGAGACCGCCUACCAGAUCUCCCAGAAACGAAAUGGCUUGGCUGAUAUCACAUCCGAUGGUUAUAUUCGCUACACCUGGGUAUAUAUCCCUGCAUUUAUAAUGCUGUUGAUACAGGCUCUUUUCGAAUGCAACCACUUCUCCACUCAGGUUGUCCAGCCCUACUUGGAGCUGAGACGAGGCGGGUUAACAGCACAAGAAGGCUUGAUGGACAAUUACCUGUCGAAACUCACCAUGCACGCCCUUUGGAGUGCAUUAGUUAAAAGAAAGUAUGCAAUUUUCACUACUGCACUGACUAUGAUUCUGGCACCUUGUUUGACAAUUGCCGCGAGCGGUUUGUAUUCUACCGAAGCUGCUAGCUAUGUGCGGGCAGUGUCUAUCAUGAGAAACGACUCAUUCAACUCGACCGUGGAUCCUCAAGCCUACCACUCAGGACAGAAAGGGAUAGGCCUUACCGGAGCUCUUGUCGUUGGGGCCAAUCUCUCAUAUCCAGACUGGACGUAUGAUGAAGUAGUACUUCCGGUUCUCAACGAAAAUACGCUCACGGAUGUGAAAUACGAUGCCAUAUAUAAGCCCACAAACCAGAGCUCUACUACUGACAGCACACUUGAACUGACAUACCCUGCGCUCCGCGCUGGCCUUAACUGUACAGCCCUUGAAGAGAGCCAGAUUUUGGAAACACGUGCAUACACACUUGAUUCCAUGAUGUCAGUGUCCUUGUCUCUCGGGGGUGAAUGUUGGACUUCAAGCCGGAAACUCGACAACAAGACUAAGGUCGAGUAUUACACGAUGACUCUGCCAGUGAACGCCACGACUUACAACGGCACUGCCUUUGGCACGUUUCAGGUUACAGAUAUCAUAAAUGAAAAGCCAGAGUGUCCGAAAUUAGUGGGGUUAUAUGGAACAAUGAGCAAUCCUAAUUCCACCGACACCGACGGCAUACGUGGGUUCACAUGUUUCCCGUACGUUGAUGAAGUCGAUGUGGAUGCAACAUUCACCGUUCCGGGAUACAAGAUCCAGUCAGCCACGCCGGACGAGUCCUCACGCCGGCGUUUCGCCGACAGCCUUGCAUCACAGUUGGAUUUUGAUUUAUUCUUACCCACGAGCAACGCGCUCUCUGCAUACAAUGGAUUUGACAAUGUCUUCACCGCCAUGAUGCAAGACCAGAAGACUUUGACCGUUACGGAUCUUGAACAGGCGGACCGGUUACCUGCCGUGAUCGACGCCACACAGCAUCUCUAUCGUGUUAUUAUGGCUCAAAGCAUGAAUGGAAACUCCCGACUGCCGUUAGAGAAGGAGACGACCUACCAGGGGACGGUUGUCGAUCCUACGCGUGUCCGUCUCAAGCAAAGUGCGGUUUCUACCCGGAUCCUCGAAGGGUUUCUGGCCGCCAUGACUUUUUGUAUUCUGGUGGCAUUCUACUUGGUGCGUCAGAGGGAGGUGAUUCCGGUGAACCCAUGUAGCAUCGCUGGGGCUGCGACGUUGUUGGCCGGCUCCGAAAUGCUGAAGCCGGACGUGAUCCCGCCCGGAUCUGAAUGGUGCGACGAUACCGAGUUGGUGAAACGGGGAGUUUUCAAUGGAUUAAUGUUUGGUCUGGGAUGGUGGGAAGGGACGCGGUUUGCGAUUGAUAUUGGGCGGCCGGAGGAAUAGAUGCGAUACAGUUCCUGUUUCAUUUCCUUCUCCUUCAUGUAAUUACGACUCUUAAUGAUAGCGAGAUACGACUAUAAAUUUUGACUUAAUGUAUUUAUGAUCCAUAACGACGCGA